CUUGUAGUUGAAGCUAGAUGCCGUGAGCGUAAACAAUGAGCAUUUUGCCCGCCGAUCGUGAGUCAGAUUUCAUUAAGCUGAUUUUGGACAAAUGAGCUCGGUUUGGUGUCCGACAGCUCGCCUAGCGAAGCAACAACAGACAAAGAACAUGGAUGAAGCGAUAGCAUUAGCGGCAGAUGCCUCUGAAGCUCCAAUAAGGGCGCUACAUCUAUUGCCUUGUCAGAUCGAUUACGAUGGAGAAGCCGCUAUCGACUCAUUCUUUAUCGUUAAGCCGGAAACCAAAGUUGCGCAAACAAACCAAGUCACAUAUCAGUCGACAUUUCGUGGGAGAGGUCUUCGAGGUGUAGAGGUUAAACCACCGAGUCGGUACGAGGGAGCAAUAUACCGGGAAUCUCGUCCCCCACCCGACAUUAUGGAAGAACGAUAUCUAGCGCUCAGUGGCUCAUUUAGCUCGAUCACUACCUGGGGACACAGCGAACUACCAACUCCUUUCAGCAACAACCUUUUGAAGGCAAUGACAUGGCUGGACGUGACAGAGGACCUGCAUGCUCAUGUUGAAUAGGACUAAUGCCAUAACUCGAAUUGUACGCGGACCAUUGAUAAUCUUGUAUGGUAUAUGGCAUACAUUCCAAUAUGGACUUGUACAAUAUCUUCACGCUACCUUAUCUACAUGUAAGCAAGCCAAUAAACGCAAGCUAGACUCAACCAUAUGUAC